UGGGUCCACAAGACUUAGGACCUCUAUUGUGUUGGUGACCCUUUAUAUGAGCGUGGUGUGGUUAGAUUCCAGUGCUGAACAAAAAUACCUCUCAUUUUUGUGGGCAAGAAACUUGAUCGUGUCUGUCCGAGUUCAUCAACAUGAGUGUGUCCAGCUCAAGUGUGGAAGAAGAUGUUUUUGAGUCGGAGGGAGAGAUGGCUGAGACAGAUCCACUCCUGCCGUCGGAAACCCCUCUCCCAAGCCCGCCGACCACCCCUAGAGAAGACCGCCAUCUCCGUCUGAACGUAAGCGGGAUGAUCUUCGAGACCUGGGAGAGCACCCUGAACCGGUACCCGAACACUCUCCUGGGCGACCCCGUCCGCAGAGAGACCUUCUACUGUCCAGACAGAGACGAGUACUUCUUCGACCGCCAUCGCCCCAGUUUUGAAGGCAUCUUCCUCUUUUACCAGAGGGACAAAAAGGCUACAGCCGACAAGCCCGGCAAAAUGGAGAAACCACUGAGCGUACCCGUGGAUAUUUUCUACGCCGAGAUGAAGUUUUUCGACAUAGAUGAAGCCGUCAUCAAGCAGUGCCUCGAAGAAGAGUGGUACAGUUUGGAAGAGGACCCCUACGCUGAGCUACCAACAAGGGAGCCACAACGAUCCAUCUGGCUACUCUUUGACUACCCAGAGAGCUCGCUGUGGGCUAAAAUCAUCGCUGUCUUCUCUGUCAGUAUGAUUUUUCUCUCCAUAGCUGUCUUCUGCGUGGGAACCAUGCCUGGAUUCGACGUUGACCCUCUAGAUUCGGCGAUGUUCUCAAACGGUACGAUGCUGGACAAACUGGAUCGUGCAUACGAGGACCAUCUCUUUGGCGUCGAGACGGCCUGUAUCAUUUGGUUCUGUUUCGAACUUGCCAUUCGCUUCUACGCGAGUCCUAACAAAUGCAGCUUCAUGAAAGACAUCAUGAACAUCUUUGACAUCGUCGCCAUUGUUCCUUUCUUUGUCGACUUUUUCAUGAUCGUAGGUGUCUCUAAACUCGAGAAGGGCUCCUCUACUUCCGUUUUCGUCCGCGUGCUUCGACUCUUUCGUAUUUUUCGUAUUCUCAAACUCUCUCGGCACGUUAAGGGGUUACAGGUACUUGGGAAAGCUCUCUUCGAAAGUAUCGGGUCCUUCAUUCUUCUUUCUUUCUUCCUCUGUGUCAGUAUGACCCUGUUCGGAAGCGUUUUGUACUUCGCGGAACCAAACGAUAGCAACGGAUGGAACAGCAUUCCGGGAACAUUCUGGUACAUCAUCGUCACAAUGACAACGGUAGGGUACGGGGAUGUGUACCCUUCGAGUUUGGGGGGUAAACUCAUCGGUGGAGUGACCGUUGUAUGCGGUAUCAUGACACUCUCCAUGCCAAGCCCCGCCAUCGUCACAAACUUCAACAAAGCCUGGGAAAUGUCCAAAAACGUCAUCGCCACUCAAGACAAGAACGAGGCACCUUCCAUGGGACUUUGGCAAAGAAUUCGGUCAAAGACGAGCAAGAAAAAUGGAAAACAAAAUGGAGAACUGUUUGGGUACACGUGGGUUGGUGAUGUUGACAUUGACAAGGCCAAGGGCAGACUGUGGGUGACUCCGAAGCACUAUAUGCUAUACGGGGACCCGGAAAUCAAAAAGGAAGAACAGAAAAAGACAGCUUCUUCGCUACAGAAGUAUUUGUACAUGGGGACGCCGGAGGGCGAAGGGGAGUUUUACGUGUAAUCUUAAUUUUUGUUUGUUUGCUUGUUGAAUUGUUUAUUUCGCGCAUAAAACAAUAACAAUAAAGUAUAGAACAGUAAAUAAAAGUGCCGGAGGAGGGGAGAAGCCUGCGUGUCUUAUACAAUGCCCUUCUCCACUUAACUAAACAGAUACUAAAAUAUGUACAAACGUAGAAAAUGUUAUAAGAUAACUUAAAGAAUAAUAACUAUUCAAAAACAUUCAACAGUCAAUCCGUAAUUCAAAUGAUUGAGUAAAUAUAUUAGACACAGAAUCUUAUCGUUAAGGCUAAAUAUAAAUCAGUGAAGAUGAUCUUGAUUGCAUAAUCCUCAUGGGCUAAAUACAUUGAGUUAGAUAACUGAAGUAGAAGCGUAAAGAGGAUUACGUUAUAUUUUACUUAAUGUACAUAGUUUCUUCCCUCUUUUUAAAACAAAUGCUUAUUACAUUGUACUUUUUAGAUGAGAAAAGAUACGUAACAAUUUCGUCCUUUCUAUCUAAAGUGUAUAGUCUAGCUGAAGAGUACUUACGAGAGAUUUGUGCAUAUCUAUAAUUAAGUUACAAAAUGCACUGUACUAUGGAGGAGUCUGGUUGUAUCUACGACUCUGAAUGUUGAAUAUCUUGAUGCCGUUUCUUGCCAGUUUAGCUAACAAGAGUUCGUAGGACACAAACCUCCAUGAAGUGAAUAUGGUGUUUGUUUAUUCCAUAGAUGUCCAUUGUUCCAAUGUUGUUGUUUAUCACAUCACUAGGCAACAAUCAAGCAAGUGAUAUAACCUCUACUUGGAGAGUAUUAGCUAAAGGCUCGAGACCGGGUUUUGUAUCUUUUAUCUUGAUUGCAAUGCUAUGCUAUGGUCUUAUUUUUGGUUGGUAGAUAGAUUUUUAUGUGAUUUAGGUCUGGACAUCCGAGUUUUGUAUUGUGUAAUGUUUCAACUAGAUGUAUAAACUUCAUCAAUGUAAUAUUUUGACUUUAUUUCUGUAACAUUUAAUUCAACACUUUAAGUGAAGAAGUAAUAGGUAUGUAUCAUAAGUGUACAUAUAUGUAGAUGUUAUAAGUUUGGUUCUUCAAACCAUUUACACGAUAUCAGU